ACUCGACUAACUGCGUGGGCUGUUGGUCGAAGCAUUAGAAUCUGGUAAAGACGAUCUGUAUCGGUCCUCUUCAAAUUAGGGGUGGAAAAAAAAUCAAGAACGACAAGAGAAGAAAAAUAAAGAAGUGUAAGCGGAGGCCACAAAUGCGUUCAGAAUCGUUUGGUGUCAGAUUGCGGACGGAUGUCACAUGACCACCCUGGGUCCUCUCUUCGUAGGUCCUUAAAUCAGUACCGCUGUAUGACAUCUAAGUUGUGAGGAUUUUCCGAUGGCGGUGGAAGAAGUUGAAGACCGGAAAACCGCGAAAUCUCGCGAGAAAAAAAAGAGGAAAGAUCAGGGUUGUGGAUGUGGACAAUGGAUGAAGCGAAAUGCCUUUCUGCUCCUGUUGCUUGUUGCAACAGUGUCCGGCUACAUCUUAGGCCUGGGUCUGCAAUCUUACAAGCUCUCCAAUCACACCAUUUAUCUCAUUGGAUUUCCGGGACAACUUGUCCUCAGGGCCUUUCUCAUGAUCAUCGUGCCUUUACUCUUUUGCAGUCUUGUCCUAGGUGUUUCAAGUCUUCGAAAAGGCGGCGACGCUCGAAUGGUGGCCGUCACCAUUGCUUUCUUCUUGGGCUUAUCCACCAUGUCCGCCAUAAUGGGAGCAUCCGCUGGGCAUUUGGUCCACCCCGGAAAAAAGAUAACAUCCGGUAGCAUACCAGCGCAAUCCACAUUGUCUGGUAGAAAAGGUGUGAUUCUGGAUUCUAUGCUGGACCUUUUAUGGAAUGCCAUUCCAGGUAACAUCAUUGAAGCAACUUUUCAAAAGGAGUAUACUCACGUAGAAAUUCUCAAUGUCACAGACUCUCAAAAUAUCAACUUAUCACAGACUCUCAAUCAAGUCAUUUAUAAAAAAAGCAUUCAGAAGAAAGCAGGAGUUAAUUUCAUGGGUCUUCUGUGCUUCAGCAUUCUUUUCGGAUGCGCUUCAGCAACCCUAGGCGAAAAGGGAGAAGCGCUGCAUCAAGUCAUCGAGCAGCUGAACUGUGUCGUUAUGAAAAUCAUGAACUAUUUUCUCAAUAUGCUUCCCUUGGGCAUGUUUUUCUGGAUGUUCGCCGAAGGACUGAAGAGCGAGGCUCCCUACCAACUCUUGGAGUACAUGGGGGUCUUCUUGGCCACUGCCUUCGGGUGCAUCGCUUUCCACCAGUUCAUCCUUUUGCCGCUGCUCUACGUCGUGAUCGUGAGGAAGAACCCAAUACCAUACCACGUCAACCUAUUACCAGCCAUACUCACAGCAUUCGGAACAGCCUCGAGCGCUGCCACUUUGCCAGCAACAGUGCGGUGCGCCGAGGAAUCUAAUCACUUGAACAAAUGCGUUACUCGGUUCGUCCUUCCCCUGGGUAUGGUAGUGCACAUGAAUGGCGGCACAUUCUACAUUCCUCUCUCCGCCAUCUUCCUCACGCAGCUUGAAGGAAUCAACCUUGGAUUAGCGGAGACACUCGUCAUAUGUGUGACAGCUGUUCUGCUAUUCAUCGCAUGUCCAGCUACAUCAAGCGCUGGAAAUCCCGUCUAUUUGCUGACCGUGCUCGCAGCUGCAGGCAUCAACAAGCCACAGUUCAUCUCUCUCUUUUUAUCUAUGGAAUGGCUGAUGGAGCGGUUUCGUACAAUUAUGAAUGUUGUAGCUGAUAGUUAUGUCGCUGCUUUCGUAGAAAAGAUCUGUGGAAAACGACUUCCUUUGGAUUACGAUGACAUCGAAUAUGCCAAUCCAGUUCUCGAUGGUUACAAUCCUUCUCCUGUGGUUGUCAGAGACACUCCUGCACCACAGCCAGAUAAUGUCAAUAUAUGUCGUUGCUGUGGAAGUCGGAUAGAAGUUGCCUGACGAAGCUUCCCAUACGUGCUCAAUAGGAUCGAAUAAAAAGCAUAGCAUCAUAACGAGCAUCAUGUUAAGACAUUAUCACUACAUAUAUUUUCUUCAUGAUUCAUGUUUCGUAUUAUGACAAUGAAAAAAAUUGAAGAGUGAUAUAUAUUUUUGCAUUAAAAAUCUGGAAUCUUAUAUUAGGAGCUGUAUAGAAUUUUUUUUAUAAAUAUUCAUUCAUUAGACUCUUUAACAUUAUAGAACAAGUUAAAAGAAAGAUUUCGAAAUUAUAUUAUUUUGUUAAAAUUUAUCUAUUAAGGGCAAUUUGUUAAUUUUUGUCUUUAUAUCAAUAACUGAUUCUUGACAUAACAAUCAGAAAUCCUUUGUUUAUCGAUUCUUCUUUCUCUAUAAGUACAUAUUUGAGAUCACUAUAAAAUUUGUCAUGACAAAAUGGAUUCUUAAUUUGUUUUAAUAUCCAAAAUUUGUCGGCAAUAGAACAUUAUAAGAUUCCUUGAACUUACAAACUAACUUAUAUCAUAUUUUAUUAUUUGGCAUAUAAUAAAAAUGGUAUAAGUUAAGCCAUUAUACAACUACGGAAUAAAUUCAUAUCAUAUUGCAAACUUUAUGAAUAUAAUUGUGCAUGUCCUUUACAUACGUAACUACAUACUGCACUAUAUGGUACUGUAAGCAAGACCCUAACAUCCAAUGACUGUGUUUUGAUAUUUUGCGGUAAAUUUUUAAAUAAAAAAAAUGACUUCUUAGUUUUUGGUUGUAAAGAUACAAACAUGAAAGAUGAUUUCUGCAGAAAAACACUUUUAAAAAUUUUGUUAUUGGAAAUAUUAAGUGAAAAUUCUAUGAAAAGUAUUUAUGCGUACAUCAAAAUUAUGCUGUUUUUAAGCCUUUCACCUCAUUGACGAAUAUAUAACAAACAACUUACAAAAAUAAUAAAGUAAAAUAUUAUUUAAAUUAAUCAAAACUAACUAAAUAUUUUAUGAAUUUCAAAAAGUCUAUAAAAUUUAAAUGAAAAUAUUAUUAUUAAUAAUAAAUAAUUUGAUUGAUUCUAAAGAAAAAAAAAUCGAUAUUAAAUAUUCUAGACUAAAUUACGGGACUA